AUGGGUGGCGCACGCGUCUCUGGCUUCCAAACACCUGUCCGACAUGGUGUUGAAAGAUCGCACUCUGUCCAUGAUGGCAACAAUCUAAGUGGGUUGCCAGAUGAAGGCAACAACCUAGGUGGGUUGCCAGAUGAAGGCAACAACCUAGGUGGGUUGCCAGAUGAAGGCAACAACCUAGGUGGGUUGCAAGAGGAAGGCAACAACCUAGGUGGGUUGCCAGAUGAAGGCAACAACCUAGGUGGGUUGCCAGAUGAAGGCAACAACCUAGGUGGGUUGCAAGAUGAAGGCAACAACCUAGGUGGGCUGCAAGAUGAAGGCAACAACCUAGGUGGGUUGCCAGAUGAAGGCAACAACCUAGGUGGGUUGCCAGAUGAAGGCAACAACCUAGGUGGGUUGCCAGAUGAAGGCAACAACCUAAGUAGACUAGAAGAUGUUGGACACUAA